AUGCCGGUUCUCCAGAUUGCCCGAAUAUCUUCAAGGCACGCGAUCUUAUCCACUACCCCAAGAUUCGCUGCUCUACAACCCCGUGGUUUCCAUUCUUGUUCAUCGAAGGCUGCUAUAGCCCAUCCCAUCACUGCGCAUGGCCCCCCACCUAAGGCCCCUUCUGCCGCACCAGAGUUCACUGGCCGUGUAGAACAGCAGAAGAACCAGGCGGACGAGCUCAAGUCGCAAUUGAAGUCUCAACGGGAGCCGCUCAAAAAGCGUUUUUGGAAGGAUGUGAACGUUGAGAAAAAGCCGGAAGGGGAAUAUCGAGUCCUGUUAGACGCUCGGCCCGUUCGCACGCCCACUAAGGAUAUCCUCUCCAUCCCCCCCACGAAACCCCACCUAGCCCAUGCGAUUGCCUUGGAAUGGGAUGUCAUGACGACCGCUCAGCAAGCUUUGAAAAACCACCUGAUCCCACUUACCUCACUCACGGCCCGAGCGACCGACAUUGCUCAGGAGGAUGAUCGGGGCGAGACAGGCACCAGAGACCAAAUUAUAACGACCUCAAUGCGCUACCUGGAUACGGAUACUUUGCUCUGUUGGGUACCCGAACAGGCCGAAGAACUUGAUGACAAUGGCGUGAAAUCGGAAAGCCUUCGAGACGCUCAGAUGAGAAUCGCCAAAGACACCAUUGCCUUCUUGAGCACAAAAGUAUGGCCGGGAAUUGACAUCAAACUUAUCCUAGACAGCAACAGCAUUUUACCAGUCUCCCAGUCUCAGGCUACAAAGGACAUUAUUCGGCUCUGGAUCUCGAACCUGCAUUCACAUGACUUGGCCGCCUUGGAAAGAGGAAUUCUCGCAUCCAAGAGUUUGCUGGUUGCCGUUAGGCUGGUUGCCGAGUGGAGUGAAAACUUCCGGCCAAUUCAACGGUCAGAGCCCAAGAAAUUCGGUAUUGAAGAGGCAGCAGAAGCUUCGAGCCUCGAAGUCAAGUGGCAGACCGACAUGUGGGGCGAGGUUGAAGACACUCAUGAUGUCGACAAGGAAGAUUUGAGGCGCCAGAUUGGAAGUGUUAUUGUUUUGGACAGUCACGAGGAGAGCUUUGGUCGUGACAGCAGUAGUUCAUCUCGAUCCUCGAUUCCCUCAUCAACCCUGAACAACAACCCGCCUGCCUCUCUUCCCAUCCCACGAAGCUCGAGUCGUCGAAAGUCCCACCAGGAAGCGCGCCCGCCCUCGAUGGCAGAAGAACCCUCCUUGGAGCCAACGGGCUCCAACCAGAGUGGCGAGAAUAUCGAGAAACUACCGUCGGGGACACAGGUUGAUAGUAAGAGCAUGUCCCUAGACCAGUCUGUGCGCACCUUUCGACUCUUCGAAACGUUACGUAGCGGGGACACGACUGCGAUCUCGAAAGCCAUCCGAGAGACGAAGGACUCCCAGGGCACCGGUGCCCUAUCUGGCACGACCGUACUUCACCUGGCGAUUCAAUGUGCCGAGCCACAGGUUGUGGAAUAUAUCCUCUCCAUCGACGAGGAUCUCAACGUCAAUGAACGCGACCGAGAUGGCAACACCCCCCUUCAUCUGGCCGCCCAGCUUGGUAGGGGACCGCUGGUACGCGAGUUGCUCAACCGGGCGUCUGUCAACGACUCUAUUGUGAACUAUCGCAGUCAGACUGCUCUCGACGUUGCCCGUACCCCGGAGAUCUUCCAACAACUUCAGCUAGCGCGGUCCCUCUUCAUGGAUAACAAGACCCAGGAAAUGCAGCGGCUCAUAUCUCAGGGUGAUUACGAGAAGCUGGAGAAGGUGUUAGAGGAGCCCCGUGUGGAGGGUAUAAUGGAUGUGAACAGUCUGGAUUUAGUGACUGACCCCGCCACCGCUCAGUCUGGGGGUACUUUGUUGCAUGAGGGAGCGAGAAAGAAAGAUACCAAGCUCAUCCAAAUCUUACUCAUGCACGGCGCCGAUCCUUUCCGGCGUGAUAAGAAAGGGAAACUUCCCCAGGACGUGACGAAGGACGACAGAACACGUGCCAUCCUCAAGAAGUCACCAGCUGCAGUUAUUGCCCAGCGUGGUAUUCAGGAAAAGGCCAUCUUAGGAACGAACUCUGGCCAGGGACUCUCUGGAGGCCGCGCUAGUACAAGCGAAGCCCCCUUUGCGGGCAAAGAAGCUCGUGAAAUGAGAGGCUACUUGAAGAAGUGGACCAAUUAUACGAGUGGUUAUAAACUGCGCUGGUUUGUCCUCGAAGACGGCGUUUUGAGUUACUAUAAGCAUCAAGAUGAUGCGGGAUCUGCUUGUCGGGGCGCGAUAAACAUGAAAAUUGCCAGGCUCAAUAUGGAUUCCCAGGACAAGACGCGUUUCGAAAUCCAUGGAAAGUCCUCUGUCAAAUACCACCUGAAAGCAAAUCACGUAGUUGAGGCCAAGCGCUGGUUUUGGACUUUGAACAACGCCAUCCAGUGGGCCAAGGAUGAAGCUAAAGAAGAACAAAGACGUCAGACGAGAGACGCAGAGAUGUUACGCCAAGCGAAAAUGGAGCAGAUUGAAGGCCGACCGCUCGAGAGUCCCUCCGAGUCUUCUAACUUAGCAGCGGCAAAGUCAAAUGGCAAAGGCCUCGCUCCUCCAUCUCUUGGUGUUCCAAGUAGCAGCGGCACAAGGCUGAGCACGUACGCCUCUCGCACAACCUUGGAGAGCACGCUGGCAGACGACGAUGGCUCGGUAUUUGAGUCCUACGAUCAAGGUGGUGGCGCACCGAGUGAAAUCAAUCGAAUUUUCAGCCACGUGACUACUGCGCCUGAUAUGGAGGGUGAUGAUGACGACUAUGGUGAAUAUGCAUCCAGUCGUGAGAUGCCGCCAGCUGAUAAAGAUGCUUUGAACAUCACAGCUCAAUCUACAAAGAUCCAGCUGGAUAUCCUUGCCAGUGUGUCCUCUUCACUGCAGGCCGAGAAAUCGAGCCACCCGGACAUGUCUCUCGGUGAUCCUGCUGUUGAUCAAGCCCUCGGUGCUUACGAAGCAGCCGUGAGCAGCCUUCAAGGAUUGGUGCAGAAUCUACUAAAGAUAUCCAGGGAUCGCGACUCGUAUUGGCAAUAUCGACUAAACAGAGAGGCACACCUCCGCAAGAUGUGGGAAGAGAGUAUGGCACGAGUUGCUCAUGAGCACGAGGAGCUGCAAUCGAAAAUGGGAGAGUCCGAGGAAAAGCGACGCCGAACCAAGCGGGCUCUCAAAGAAGCAUUAGAGGGUUCGUCGACCAAGACUGGUCACAUGGCUGAUCAACCGCCCCAUAUGAAAGGUGUCGAUGACGAUCUUGACGGUACUCCCAGCGAGCAGGGCAUAGGGACCUCGGAGUCAAAAGACGAGCCCACAAAUGACCAACCUUUGCGUCGAAAGAAAUCGACAGUGUCCCAAAUAAGCAGCCUAUAUGAUUCUGCAUCAGACGAUGAGGAUGAAUUUUUUGAUGCGAUCGAUGCCGGUGAGAUUGAAGUUGAGAAUCUCGCCACCGCAGAAACCAAGGACGAAAAACCAGAACCUGAAGAAAAGACCACGGAGCUACGUGCCGUGAAACAUUCUGAAAUCGUCCCUUCGUUCAAAGGCUACGAGGAGCCUGUGAGGACUAAGCUGAAAAUGGACUACGAUAACAGACCCAGGAUCUCGUUGUGGGGUAUUUUGAAAUCUAUGAUUGGCAAGGACAUGACCAAAAUGACACUACCGGUUUCAUUCAAUGAGCCGACGUCGCUGCUGCAACGUGUAGCCGAGGAUUUGGAAUAUGCAGACCUUCUUGACAUAGCAGCUGAUCGAUCCGAUUCGAUGGAACGCCUGGUUUACGUUGCUGCAUACGCUGCGAGUGAAUAUGCUUCAACCAUCGGCCGUGUGGCUAAACCAUUCAACCCCCUUCUGGGAGAAACGUAUGAGUACGCGAGACCUGACAAGGGAUAUCGGUUUUUCGUUGAGCAGGUCAGCCAUCACCCGCCGAUUGGCGCGGCAUGGGCGGAAUCAGCAAAGUGGCAAUACUAUGGUGAAUCUGCUCUCAAAUCCAAGUUUUACGGGAAAUCCUUCGAUAUUAACCUGCUCGGCACCUGGUUCCUGAAGUUGCGUCCUGCAUCGGGAGGUGAAGAGCUCUAUACCUGGAAGAAAGUUACGUCUUCCGUGAUUGGCAUCAUCACUGGUAACCCCACCGUUGACAAUUAUGGGUUGAUGGAGAUCAAGAACUGGACUACCGGCGAGGUUUGUUAUUUGGAUUUCAAGCCGAGAGGUUGGAAGGCUUCGUCGGCAUACCAGGUAACUGGCAAGGUGGUAGAUAGUGAGGGGCUACCUAGAUGGAGCAUGGGCGGCCGUUGGAAUGACAAGAUCUAUGCCCGCCACACGCCCGGGUUCGAAGCACAGGUAUCAGGCCAGGAUCCAGAGUCGGCCAAGACGUUUUUGGUUUGGCAAAGCCAUUCCCGCCCGACCGGUGUUCCUUUCAAUUUAACCCCGUUUGGCAUCACACUCAAUGCCCUCACCGAAGACUUGGAGCAUUAUCUACCACCUACGGACACUCGCCGCAGACCGGACCAGCGUGCAAUGGAGGAGGGCGAGUAUGACCUGGCGGCCAGCGAGAAACAUCGGGUUGAAGAGAAGCAACGAGCCAAGCGAAGGGAGAUGGAAACGAAGGGAGAGGAGCAUCGGCCUAAGUGGUUUGUUAGGGAGAAAUGUCCCGUGACCGGCGAGGAGUACUGGGCUCACAAUGGGAAAUACUGGGAGUCCAGAGACGCCCAGGACUGGAGUGCCUGUGACGACAUCUUCUGA